AUGCUGGAGAAUGGCUCCCUGAGAAAUUGCUGCGAUCCGGGCGGGCGAGGCCGCUUCGGUUUGGCGGAGAGGGAGGCGGCGGGCGCCCCGCGGCCCGCCUGGGUAGUGCCGGUGCUCUCCAGCGUGCUGAUCUUCACCACCGUGGUGGACAUCUUGGGCAACCUGCUGGUCAUCAUCUCCGUCUUCAAGAACCGCAAGCUCCGGAACUCAGGUAAUGCAUUUGUGGUGAGCCUAGCUUUUGCUGAUCUGGUGGUGGCCUUGUAUCCAUACCCACUGGUGCUUGUAGCUAUUUUCCACAAUGGAUGGACAUUGGGUGAAAUACACUGUAAAGUGAGUGGCUUUGUGAUGGGACUAAGUGUAAUAGGCUCUAUUUUCAACAUUACCGCAAUUGCAAUAAAUCGAUAUUGCUAUAUAUGUCAUAGUUUUGCCUAUGACAAAGUGUACAGCAGCUGGAACACAAUGCUAUAUGUCUCUUUAGUCUGGGUAUUAACAGUAGUUGCAACUGUGCCAAAUUUUUUUGUUGGCUCUUUAAAGUAUGAUCCACGCAUCUAUUCAUGCACGUUUGUUCAGACUGCAAGCUCCUACUAUACGAUAGCUGUCGUGGUAAUUCACUUCAUCGUUCCUAUCACCAUUGUGAGCUUCUGCUACCUUCGAAUUUGGGGGUUAGUGCUUCAAGUUAGAAGACGAGUCAAAUCAGAAACAAAGCCAAGACUGAAGCCAAGUGACUUCAGAAACUUUCUCACCAUGUUUGUGGUUUUUGUGAUUUUUGCCUUUUGCUGGGCACCUCUAAACUUCAUUGGACUGGCGGUAGCCAUCGAUCCUAUGGAAAUGGCACCAAAAGUUCCUGAAUGGUUGUUCAUUGUAAGCUACUUCAUGGCCUAUUUCAACAGCUGCCUUAAUGCAAUAAUAUACGGACUUCUGAACCAAAAUUUUCGGAAUGAAUACAAACGAAUUUUAAUGUCACUGUGGAUGCCAAGGCUUUUCUUCCAGGACACAUCCAAAGGAGGAACUGAUGGUCAGAAGAGCAAGCCUUCUCCUGCUUUAAACAACAAUGACCAAAUGAAAACUGAUACUGUGUAA